AUGGGAAAGUCGAAGAUAGCCCCAGCUUCAAAGGUUUCUGUCCCACGGUUGGAGUUGUGCGGCGCGUGGCUACUUGCUCGUCUCAUCAACUACGUUGAUGGAAGGGUCAAACAUUCCUACGUCAACCUGAGAAUACUUGGGCUGUGGAGGGCACAAGGUGUCCCGCUAGUUGUCAAGAGGAAGAAUUUGAGCAGAAGCGGAUCCCCCUGCUCACCCAAGUUGUCGACGAUGAAUGCCGUGUACUGCGGCAAUCAGAUAACUUAUCCAAAGUGCUAA